AUGGAUGAGGGCAAUAAGGGGGAUGUGCUGCCUGAUGCCAAGAGGAGCCAAGGGCUGAGGACCCUGCCAGGCUCUGCAUGGGCUGGCAUGGGGCAGGCUGCCUGCAGCCAGAGGCACAGCCCUGGGCUCCUGCUGCCAGCUCUCCUCUUCCUCCUCCUCCUCCUCCUCCUCUGCAGCCAUGCUGCCUCCCAGUGCAAGAUCCUGCGCUGCAACUCCGAGUACCUGGCAGCCACCCUCGGCCCUCGCAGCCCCUCCCGGGGCGAUGCCAUCUGCAGUGCCCUGCGCUCCUACGCCCACUGCACCCGCAGGACCGCCCGCACCUGCCGGGGGGACCUGGCUUACCACUCUGCUGUCCACGGCAUCGAGGACCUCAUGAUCCAGCACAACUGCUCCAGGGAAGGUCCAACCAACCCCCCCCGGGCUCGGCUCCCCGCCCCCGGCCACGGCAGCCUGCAGGCUGGGCAGGGCUGCGACUACGAGAGGAGCUUCGCGGCCAGGCACGGCAGAGCCCCGAGCUACCUGCACUGCGCAGCCUUCGGCGACCCCCACGUCAGGACCUUCCACGAUGACUUCCACACCUGCAGGGUGGAAGGCUCCUGGCCCCUCCUGGACAAUGACUACCUCUUUGUGCAAGCCACCAGCUCGCCAGUGGCCAAAGGCUCCAACGCCACAGUGACCACCAAGCUCACCAUCAUCUUCAAGAGGGUGCAGGAGUGCAUCGAGCAGAAGGUGUACCAGGCUGAGCUGGGCAACCUGCCGGCAGCCUUCCAGGACGGGUCUGUGACCGGCGGCGAGCGCCCGGGAGGGGGCAGCUUGGCUGUGCGGGAGCAGGUGCCAGGGCAGCACGUGGAGAUCCGUGCCAGCUACAUUGGCACCACCAUCGCCGUGCGCCAAGCCGGCCGCCAGCUCUCCUUCUCCAUCCGUGCAGCCGAGGAGGUGGCACAGGCGUUCGGGCAGGAGCAAGACCUGCAGCUGUGCGUGGGGGGUUGCCCCCGCGGGCAGCGCCUGGCCCGCGGGCAGCAGCGUGGGCACGGCAGGCAGCUGGCAGAGGCUGCCAGGGAGCUCUGUAAGGAGGUGCUGCCCGUGGAGGAUGUUUACUUCCAGUCCUGUGUCUUCGAUGUGUUGGCUUCGGGAGAUGCCAACUUCGCCCUGGUAGCUGGAGUGGCCCUGGAGGAUGCCAGGCGCUUCCUGCCCAGCGCUGCCAGGCUGCACCUCUACCAACCUGGCGCUGGCUGCACUGGGGCUGCUCCUUCCUUCCUCCUUAUCCUCAUCUUCCUCUCUACAGUUUGGGCUGUUCCCUUGGACUUUUAA